CGUGUUUCAUAAAUAAAGUUUAACAAAAUUUCCCACAAAUUAGUUUAAAAAAAUAAAAAACAGUGGAAUUUUCCCCUUUUUUUUAAAUUUACCAACAAGACUUGCCCUUAACAUACAUCGACUGGUGUCCUCUCAAUGAGCUGAUGUUUAAGACAAGUUAUAUAAGCACCUUGCUUAAGACAGCCCAAGCAGUUCCCAGCAAGCUCAGUGCCAGCCGACAUGAAACUCCUUGUACUUGUAGCUUUGUGUUACUUGGUGUUUGUUAUCAACGCAGCCACCGUACCGCUCAGUGAAGAUGAGUUAAACACGCGACUUGUAAUAAGACAAAGAAGAUCACCGUUUAUACUCACAGCCUUGGGUGCAGCAGGACUAGUGGGAGCAGGACUUGUUGGUGCAGGGGUUGUCGGACUCGCAGGAGCAGGACUUGUAGGUGCAGGACUCGGUGCUAAAGCCGGAUUUGCAGCAGGAGCCUUGACAGGAGCUGCGGCCAGGUCCUAUGGGGGAGCUUACUAUUAUACCAAUUAUGAACCAAAAAACACCAAUUAUGAAUACAGAGCCAAUUUACGAGUGCGAGUAUAGCAGGUGUGGCUUCACCAGGAUGUAGUUUUUGUACAAAUAAAUUAAUUAAAAUUG